UCCAUCUUCUCCCCAUCUGAGAAGUGAGAACCCAUAUCUCAGGCUUCGCCUAGAGAGGGGGCCUAUAACUACACAUGGAAGUGAAUCACUUGAAGAUUUGGCCGCGUAGCCCUCUGUGUCUGUUAAAAAUUUCACCUCUUUCUUCUUCUCCUUCUAUAUAGAACCGUGCUUGACACAAGCUCUUCUUCCCCAAUUUCAUUUCACCCAAUUUCUUCAUAUUUUCUCUUAAAAAAAUCUCUGUCACACACCCUCUUUCUGCAUCGCACAGAAGCUAAAAUGGUGUCCGGAAUACGCAAGCUCAAGCACUCAUUCGCUUCCCUCUUGUCAUCUUCCUCCAAAUCCGAUUCAUCGUCUCGGCUUCCUUCUGACUCUGCCACAAAUUCCUGCAAUGACACGCAACUACCGCCGCCGCCGGUUCGUUGCCGGUCCGUUUCCAACGCUGACAUCACCUCCUCCAGCUCCGUGUUAUCUCGAUCCUCUUCUUCGAUUUCCCGCCUCUCUCGGGUUCUCAGCAUGCGAUCUACUAAGAAAACUUGCACCAUUUGCUUAGGUGACUUGAAGAUAGGGCUAGGCCGAGCCAUCUUUGUUGCUGAGUGCGGUCAUUCCUUCCAUUUCAAUUGUAUUGCUUCCAAUGUCAGGCAUGGGAACCAUGUCUGUCCCAUCUGUCGCGCCACAUGGAAGGAAAUCCCAUAUCAAGCUCCAAGUAAUUUUCCUCCUCCCCCUCCUCCCCCUCCUCUCCGUGUCAGGAGCAGGCUCAGAUCAUUGGCUUCACCACCUCGUCUGUUAGAUCCCUCAGCUAUAUUUGAGCCUCAUCGCUUCUCUGAUGACGAGCCACUCCUUGUUCCAGCUACCUCUGCAGAACAUGUUUCAUCUGCACCUAAUGUUGUGGCUAUCAAGUACUUUGCAGAGUAUCCCGUUCUCUCUGCAUCUGAAGCUCAUUCAAAUUUUGCUGUCCUUGCCAACAUCCGUGCACCAACGCUUUCUCAACAGGAUCGUGCACCUGUGGACCUGGUUACAGUGCUCGACGUCAGUGACAGCAUGUCUGGUUCAAAGCUUGCACUUCUCAAACAGGCUGUUCUUUUUGUCAUUCAGAAUCUGGGUGCUUCUGACAGACUUUCUAUAGUUGUUUUCUCUUCCACUGCUCUCAGGAUUUUUCCACUUCGUAGGAUGACUUAUAGUGGCCAAUCUGAUGCAACCAUUGCCGUCAAUUCUCUUUCAACGGAUGGUGGAACUGACAUUCUGAGCGGGCUCAAAAAAGGAGCUCGUGUACUUGAGGAACGGCGAGAGCGAAACCCAGUUGCCAGCAUUAUGCUUCUCUCUGAUGGCAGGUCUCAACCUAUUAUAACUCCGCCAUUGGGACCCCAAUUGCCUGCUUCCCUUUCAUCCGGUCGUAAUUCAAAUGGGAAUGCUAUUCCUGUCCACUCUUUUGGCUUUGGAAGGGAUCAUGAUUCCAUUGCUUUGCACGCCAUCUCUGAUGCAUCUGGUGGCACAUUUUCCUUCAUUGAAUCUGUGGGCAUGGUGCAAGAUGCUUUUGCAAGGUGCAUUGGGGGUCUACUGAGUGUUGUGGCUCAAGAGGUACAACUUAUCUUCAAAACACUUUCACCAGGGCUGCAAAUCAGUUCAGUACGCUCGGGGAGAUACAUCAGUGAAAUUCAUGGUGAGGGGAAGCGAUGUGUCAUUGACGUUGGUAACAUGUACGCGGAAGAGGAAAAGGGAUUUCUGUUGUACCUAUCAAUUCCUGCAAUCCCAGCCAGUGAACGAGACAAUACGGAGAUAAAGACUUCUCUACUGGGUGUUACAUGCCAAUACAAAGACUCAACCUCUGAGGAAGAGCCAGUUAAGGUUGAGGGUGAGAGAGUAGAGAUUCGAAGAUCAGAUGGUUCACCACAGCCUAACGAACUUACAGUGGCCUUGGAGGUUGAUAGACAUAAAAAUAGACUCAUGGUGGCUGAUGGGAUAGCAGAAGCACAGAGGCUGGCUGAAAGAGGAGACCUGCGGGGUGCAAAAGCUUUACUGGAAGCAAAAAGAUCAAUACUAUUGUCCUCAGCCUCAGCCUCAGCCUCAGCAGGAGAUCCUACUUGCACUUGGCUUGAUGCUGAACUGAGGGAAACUAAGGAGAGGAUGGAAAGCAGGGAACGAUAUGAACAUACAGGAAGGGCUUAUGUUCUCUCGGGAUUAAGUUCACAUUCAUGGCAGAGAUCUACAACAAGGGGAGACUCUUUAACUCAGUCAUUUGUCAGCGGCGAUGUCAGGGACCCUACGGUAAGCGGGUCAAUCGGGUAUGACACGCCCUCAAUGGUUAACAUGGUGAGAAUGUCACAAAAUCUUAGUCUGACUGGACCUUGGCCUCUGCCUGAGCAUUGAAGAGCACUCUCUUGAUUUGCCGGGUACUGAUCAAAGAAUUAGCUCAGUUUCUGGUAAAAUUUGCGGACAUUGCCGAUGCUUAGACGGCUUUUGGUAUUUCGUCUGGUUAAGAAUUUUGAUAACAGCCACAUGAUUGCUGAACCUGUUGAAAUUUAGAUUCUGACUAUGGAUUUUUUGAAAGAAGAAUUUAAACUAUCCUAUUCUUUUCUGGAAGUAAUUUGCUUUAUUUUUUAUUUUAUCUUAUUUUCCCAAGUAAUCUGUAAUUGAAUUGAAGGCAUAGAAAUUCGUAGUUUGAUUACAGCUGA